AUGGCUAAUUUUAGAACCUGCGACGGAGUGGUCAAACUCCCCGACGGUGCCAUCGUUUCACCGGUACUGAUGUGGGUGAAAGCAGUUGAUUUGCUAUUGGAGCACAUUUGUUCAAAUAUUCCUUCGAAGAGUAUUCGCAGUAUCGGAGGGUGCGCCCAGCAACAUGGUACCGUAUACUGGGCUAAUGGAGCAGCUGAAAAACUGGAAUCACUUUCGUCAGACACAACAUUAGCAGAAGGUUUAGGGCAGUCAGCAUUCGCUGUUCCACUCAGUCCAAUAUGGAUGGACUCGUCUACAGAGAAGCAAUGCGUGGACAUGGAAAAGGCUGUGAACGGGAAAGAAAAUAUGGCACGCAUCACAGGCUCACGAGCCCAUCACCGAUUCAGUGGCCCUCAGAUCAAGAAAGUACUGGAAACAAAUGAAGAAGCAUGGGACCAGUGCGAGGUGUUCGUUUCAAAUUCAAUACCAUGA